GUUCUCGCCGACUUCGGUGGAAGGAAAAUAAAGCCGGUGUGUUUGAGUAGUUGGAGAAAUUAGUAUUCUGGCCACUUCGCGAUGGAAAAUGAGCACAGUCCUGGCUCCUCGGCCGCUUCCGAUGAAAGCGAAUCUGAAACAUUCGACGACUCCACGACGGAGAACGGACUGGUCGAUGCUUUCGGAGAGCUGGCCGCCCUCCCGUUUGAGGACGACGAGAGAGGGCGAAGACCGACGUGUUUACGAUGCUGUCGCCCAGAGAAGGUGUGUCUCUGUCCCUUUCUUCCAUCACAACCUCUGGAUGUCUCCACUUCUUUGUACAUAGUGCAGCAUCCAGCAGAGGAAAGCAGAGUACUCCGCACUGUUCCUUUACUUGCUGCUUGUUUGCCUCAAGGAAAAUGCAAUGUCAUAGUUGGAAGGAGAUUCAGUGAGGGAAAGCACCCAGAGCUGGCUACAGUGUGCCGGGACAGCAGGACACUGAUCCUUUUCCCCGGCCCCAAAUCCCAGAACCUGGAGGAUAUAGUGAAACAAGAAGAAGCAGACACUGUAAAUCAUAAUGUAAUCAUCAUAGAUGGCACCUGGAGACAGGCUAAAAAGAUGUUCCUCCAUAACAGCCUGUUACACCUGCCUCAACAGGUGCAGCUCAAUAGGACCCUGACAAGUCAGUACGUGAUCCGCACACAGCCUUCCAACAUGUGUCUGUCCACGCUGGAAAGUGCUGCAGUCGCCUUGUCCAUCAUGGAGAGGAAUGACGACAUCCUUGAGGUCCUGCUGAGGCCCCUCACAGCCCUGUGCUCCUUCCAGCUGCAGCACGGUGCUCAGGUUCAUCACAGCAAGGAGCAUCUGCUGAAGAACGGCAUGUACGACAAACCUUUGCCCAAAAACAAGCGCAAGAUAAAGAGGUUGGAGAAGUUUGUCACUGAUUACAACAUCUGCCCAAGAUGAUGAAAGGACUGAGCAGAGAAAGGAGGCUCAUCUCAUCUCUGUAAAUACUGCACAGCGCUGUAACAGUGAGGUGUAACGGUGCCACGGUACAGGCUUGGUAACCUCUGGACUUUUAGGGAUUUUUUUAACAUAUUUAUUCUUGCUUGAGGCAAGUAAAUGUAUGUAUUUUUCAUUCAUUUAAAAUGACAACGCUGAAGUUGGAAGUGUCAAAUCUAGUUUAUGACCUUCUUGUGUUUAAAAAAAAUUGACGUAAUCUCUUUUUUUUCUUUUGUAAACAUUGUGAAUGUGAUGUAAUUAAUUGCUCUGUGUAUUGUUGCAGUUGGUCAAAAAUGCAAAGGGCUGAUUUUACAGAUUUUUUUUAUUCAGAUAAAGUACAAAAAUAUUUAUAAACAACCAAAGAUUCCUAAUAUGGAGGAAAAAACAACAACUUUAAAUUGUGUCAUUGUAUCUAAGGCUUCCAAAUUGCAGGUCUUAAUGUAUUAAAAUGCAUUGAAUUCA